CGGCGGGAGGCGCGGGACAUCAAAGCUAAACUGGUUACAAAGUAACAGUCACGGCUCGUCAUUAAAGUCGCUGCGGGAAGCAUUCGAACGCGGAGCGUCACAGCCGGCGGCCUUUCCCGCGAAUCCGCGUGCUUGCUGAACUACAACCAAAGACAGACACGCCGGGAAAAGAGGAACUGACCGCGCGCUCGGUCAUCACGUCCAGUUUCUGCUGCUGCUGCUGCUGUUGCAUUCGCGUGCUGCCAUGCACAUAUAUGCCGCAUAGAAAGACUCCAGACACGGAUUACACCCUACAGGCUGCGAACAGUUGCUCCAGAAAAGGAACAAGAGUUUGACACCCUGUGUGUUUAAAACGACAUGGGAAAAAGACCCUCAUCUGCCCAGUAAGAAGAAUGUUUCCGUUGCACAGAGAGAGGGAACAGCCCAUCUUCAGCACUCGAGCUCAUGUGUUCCAGAUCGAUCCCGCCACCAAACGCAACUGGAUCCCGGCCAGCAAGCAUGCGGUCACCGUCUCCUUCUUCUACGACGCCAACAGACACGCCUACCGCAUCAUCAGCGUGGGCGGGACCAAGGCGAUCAUCAACAGCACGAUCAGCCACAACAUGACGUUCACUAAGACGUCUCAGAAGUUCGGUCAGUGGGCGGACAGUAGAGCGAACACCGUCUACGGCCUUGGAUUCGCCACAGAGCAGCAGCUGCACCAGUUUGCCGAACGUUUUAAAGAGGUGAGGGAAGCUGCACGUCUGGCCAGAGAGAAAUCACAGGACAAGAUGGAGCUGAGCAACGCAGCUCUCAGUAUCGCCGCUCCUCAGUUCUCUCAGGACUUGACUGACGAGCUGCAGUCUCCUCCAGUGAUGUGUGUGAACGGACCGGACGACAAGCUCUUCCGGAGCCAGAGCGCUGACAUUACUCUGUCCUCGGAGAAGGAGCGCAUUAAGAAGAUGCUCUCAGAGGGCUCGAUCUGUGAGAUGAAUCUGGAGUCCGAGCUCUUCACCUUACAGGACAGUAACGCUAAACUCGUGGCUGCGCUGCAUGAGGCCAACGCUAACGUGGAGCAGUGGAAGAAACAGCUGGCGGCGUAUCAGGAGGAGACGGAGAGAUUACGAGAUCAGGUGGCGGAUCUGGAGGCUCACGGCGGUCAGGGACCCAGCGACAUGCUGAAAGAUGAGCUCACCCAAUCCCUGGAGGAGCUGGAGAACCUGCUGAAGGCAAAGGACGGGGAGAUCCGUAUUCUCCAGAGUAAGAGGUCGAACUUCCAUGAGCUGGAGCAGGAGAGAGAAGAAGCCAUUCACAGACUACAGGAGCUGGAGAUGCGUAACGUCGAGCUGGAGCGGCGCGUGCAGAACACCGAACAGAACCUGAACCUGGCGUCUGCGCUGGAGGACCGCGAGCGCGCCGAGAACGAGGUGCAGAGGGUCAUUCAGAUCCUCGAUGUCAAGAUCUUCGACCUCAAUGACCUGCGGCAGAGUCUGGUCAAGCUGAUCAGUAAAUAGUGUGAUGCUC